AUGGGAUGCAAGGAAAAAGAGAUCAGGGUCCAUCUAAAAGAGAUUAGUCCGAAAGUUAUCCGUUCUGGAAAUAUUUCCAAAAAGAUGGUGGCGACGUUUGUCUUAAAACCGAGUCAUUUAACAACAAUAAUUCCUCUGCAAGAUCAAAGAACUGUUACUGCCGAUUGGUACAUAUCUAUUUAUUUACCGAAAAUGCUGCCCUUGAUAUUUCUCCUCACCCUGUAUAUCAACGGGUUCACCGCAGCUCCAUCAUACCAAAGACCCCACACGAACGACGAAGAAAACGAAAAUUCAUCUCGUCAUGGGAAAAAUAUCGGGUUUUUCGAUUACAUCCAACCCGAGAUAGAUUUCGAAAGUUACGCCACUGACGACGAUUACAAUUCGGUGGUGGAAGAAAACGAUCUGAGCCGCACUGUUCCAAGCAAAAAGCAUAGGCGUCCCCAAUAUAAUUCGCCCAUUUAUUACAUCAGGCUUCCACCUCAACCUUACAUGUUUGUCCCAGGUUUAGGUUACGUGUCGCAGCCUGCUCCGAACCCCAUGUCCCAAUUCGUCAAUUUACCUGUCAAUUUCGUGUCCAACGGCAAACCAAGCGGAAUCUACCAAUGGACGGGGGGAAUUGAGAUCCCCCCCGUACCAUCUCCACACCGACCAGCACCUCCUAAGCCUAAACCAGUGAAGAAACCGCUCAAACCCAUUAAACCGGACUCGACCAUUCACAGGCUACCUGGACAGUUCUUUUUCAACGGCAAGCCGGACGAUAUAUUUGUCCUGCGGGACUCGUAUAAUUCGUUGUAUAGCGAUAUGCUGCAAAAUUUAUAUCCUUAAAAUCUAAAUCUUAGGCGAAAGUAGAAAAUAUGCAAGUCAUAUUUUUUGUCAUUGGAAAUUUCUUUUUACUAUACACUGUAUACAAACGUUCUACUUGUACCAUUGCAUUAAUUAAACUCCUGGUCUAUAAGGAUAUUUGAAUUAGGUAUAUUGAAUUUUGGAUUGAGCCAAGAACACUGUUUUUUUUGUUUAUCCCUAAUGCAUCUGCUAUGUCCCCUUAUGGGAACCCCAUCCCUUAAUCGCGUAAAUAUAAUCGAUUUUUGCUCUGAAGUUAAAGACAUGUUUUAAAAAUUACGUGACGACACUGACACACGAAUUCUGAUGACACUGAUGAGUUAUCAGUUUGAAAGAAAAUAUUUUAUUAUAGACCAGCAGAUUAAAUCAUAUUUUGUUGUACUACUUUUUUUAUCGCAAUGGUACAUUGUUAAAAAUACAGUAAAUGACACAUAUAGUCUGUCCAACGAGACGAGGGAAGUUUUCGACAGACAAAAUCUAAAAAUUGACAGAAAAUGCAAUUUACCUAUGAACUAAAAUGACAGAAACCACUGUCACUGUCAUGUACCCUCCCAUUGGACAGACUUUAUCUACUUUUUUGUUUCGCAUUUUGAAACCUAAAAAAAUCUAUGAAUUAAAUUUAGACAAAUAUUAUUGUUUAUAGAUGAUUCAAAAUAUAUUUUUUUUAAAUGGAAUAUUUAUUAUACAAGGCAUAAAC